CACCUCUCGCCACGGAUGACCUCCCCCGUGGUCGAACUGCUUCGCAGGGAUAAAUGUACACUUGGCGUCGGCCACGAGGCUUUUAGCAACGGCAGAACGAAACUGCCGCUCGUCAACAACAAUCAUCGCCGCGUCUCAUUGUCCAGAAUCGUUGAGAUCGACGACGGCCCCAAAAAGAGAAAUUACGUGCAACGUUCGGCCGCUAAGGGGAUGAAAAGAUCGGUAGUAAUGAUGCCUUCUUGGAUUCUUUUCGGUUUAUUUUCCUUGGUUCACGGUCAGCUGGAUAUACCGUCGUUGAAUGAAAAUUCUCGCGAUAAUUUUGGCAGGCGACUUCCACCUACGGAAGGCGAGUUGCAAGACAUUUUAGCCAGAUUGGACUUCCUUGGUACCGAGAGAUGCAGCGCAAACGUGGCUGCGCAAUGGUCCUACGAAACGGACGUGAACGAAUACACUCAGAUACAGGCGCUCGAAGCUCAGAGAAUAUACGCAGACUUUCAGAAUCAGGCUUGGUUCCUGAUUUCGAGGAUCGAUAAAAAUAAUAUCAGAGAUCCUGUGAUCAGAAGACGUCUCAGAUAUUUGUCUGUGGUUGGUCCAUCGGCUCUUCCACCCGAUCAAUUGGACAGGUACAAUCGCGUGAUCAACGAUAUGCUGGCAGUGUACAACGAGGCUACCAUUUGCGCGUACAACGAUCCCUUCCGGUGUGGGCUGCGGCUGUAUCCAGAUAUAUCGCAGAUCAUGGCGAAAAGUCGCAACUGGGACGAGUUGCAAUAUGUUUGGACGGAAUGGAGAAGACGUAGCGGCAUGAGGAUCAAGGAUCUGUAUCAACAACUUGUCACAUUGAACAAUGAGGCAGCUAAACUAAACAAUUUCACCGACGCGGCAGAAUAUUGGAUGUUCCCUUACGAAUCUCCCAAUCUGCAACAAGAUAUCGAUGAAGUUUGGGAAAUGAUACGUCCCCUUUACGAAGAAUUACACGCGUAUAUUCGAAGGAAAUUAAGGGACUUGUACGGACCCGAGAAGAUCGGCACUCAUACUCUUCUUCCAGCUCAUAUUCUUGGCAAUAUUUGGGCUCAGUCGUGGACUAACAUUAUCGAUAUCACGAUUCCAUACCCGGGAAAAAAUAAUCUAGAUGUGACGCAGGAAAUGCAGGCCCAAGGUUACACACCUAUCGAGAUGUUCAGAAUCGCCGAGGAAUUUUACUUAUCUUUGAACCUGAGCGCUAUGCCACCGGAAUUCUGGGCCGGAAGUAUAAUCGUCGACCCUGGAGAUCGACCUUUGAUAUGCCAGGCUUCCGCUUGGGACUUCUGCAACCGUCUAGAUUACAGGAUCAAGAUGUGCACCAAAGUCACCAUGAAAGAUUUAAUCACAGUGCAUCACGAGAUGGCUCAUAUCGAAUAUUUCUUACGAUACAGCGGAUUAACUCGUGAAUUCAGGGAUGGCGCCAAUCCAGGAUUCCACGAAGCCGUGGGUGAAGCCGUGGCCCUCAGCGUCGCCACUCCUCGCCAUCUUCAGACUCUAAGUUUGGGUAACAAGUAUAUCGACGAGUCUACAACGGAUAUCAAUUACCUGUUCACUCUUGCCAUGGAUAAAUUGGUGAUGUUGCCGUUCAGCAUCGUAAUGGACAGGUGGCGGUGGGACGUGUUCCGCGGUUACGUCACCAGGGAAGACUACAACUGUCAUUGGCACAGGUUGAUGGAGCAAUACGCCGGUAUCAAGCCCCCUGUUUUGAGAUCGGAGGACGAUUUCGAUCCUGGCGCUAAAUAUCACGUUCCUGCAAAUAUCCCGUACAUUCGGAAUUUCGUGGCAGGGGUUCUUCAGUUCCAACUGUAUCGCGCGUUGUGUCAGGCCGCUGGACAAAGGAGCGUGGACGAUUUUAGGAGGCCUCUGCACAGGUGCGACUUCUACAGAAGCCCGGAAGCUGGAAGAAUUUUAGGAAAAAUCAUGGAGAGGGGCUCCUCGGUGCCUUGGCAGGAGACGCUUCAAGAAGCCAUCGGUGAGGACAGAUUGGACGCGACUGCCCUCAGAGAAUACUUCAGGCCCCUCGAAGAUUGGCUGAGAACGGAAAACUUGAGGACCGGCGACGUGGUCGGAUGGUCUUACGACGGAGAUUAUUGCAAGCGCAGCAUCGAGACCGCCGGUCUCCAAGUCUAUGGAAGCGGAUUCUACAACGGCGGCGUUUCGUUCACCACUACGAAAGCUACUUUACCGGCGAUUUUUUCGAUCCUACUCACAAUUUUGAUACUUUGUUAAGGAAGAAAUGUGUGGAACAGUGGGUAAAGCUUCCACGAGAUCGAGAUCGUUUAAGGAUAUUUUUUUCCGGCAAGAACGAUCGAUACUUUCAUUACAGGAGCCAAACCAGAAACCAAACAGAACACCAAAAUAUUAUAGGAUUCUUGUUAAAUACUUGUAAAAUAUAAUAAAUAAAUCACGCGAUUUUUAGGUGAAAUAUUCCUCGUUUGAAAGAUAUAUUUAUAAUAAUUGAGACAAAUCGAUCAUCAUAUAACACAUAAGUAACAAAUGCUUUUUCCAUGGAAAAUUAUAUUUGCCAAUCUAUUUCUUCGAAAGAAAAAAAGAACUAAACGUUUUUUUCUGCAUCAAAGCUUCGAUAAAUAUUUCAGAAUCUUUUGAAAUUUUUCUCAAAAUCUAAAAAGAAACGAGAAAGAAUCAGAGUAUAAUUGGUCAUAGAGGAAUCAAACGAGGAAUAACCGAAAUAGUCGCACUGUUACAAUUGUUAUUACUGUAAGUAUCCAUUAUUAAUUUAACCACGAUUCAUAACGUGGCAAUAGUACGCGUGCAAUUAAGCUGAUGUGCGAGCAUAAAUCGUUUCAGCGUGUCGAAAGGGUCGCUCUCGCGUCGCAUACGUUGAAAAGCGACACGGCCUCUCCGUUUAAUAAAGGAAAAGAGAUUUACAUCCUUCGUCGUUAAAACGUUCGUCCCGCUAUGCCUUCGAGACAGAUACGAGUUGAUGCUAUUUUUAGCUCCGAAAGCUCGAGCUUGACUCGACGUGUACACGUUUGGUUGUAAAUACGUUUAUCAGUCGGACGAGAUGUCGAACACAAUGGAAUGAUGUUCGAAAUAAUCGAGAAACGCGAUUGUUGUUGUGUUAUAUUUCGAGAAGAAUAAUGGAAUAAUUUUGAUUACUUAGAAUAUUAUUUAUAGAUCCUUCUUCUCAAUCUUCUUCCUCGAAUCGUCUCGAAUGUGAUUUGAAAGUGCGAAGGCAUUACUUUCAAUCUUUUUCUUGCUCGUUGAAAAUUGAAAGUAAUAUUAAAAUAACACAAUGUUAUUAUUAUGUACGCUAUUUCUGGAUUCUAGAUCCUAGGUUCGAUAAUAAGUCUACGGAUACUGGAGUCUCCACUGGGAUAUCGAAAUGGAUCGAAUUAACGAAGAAAUAAGCUCGUUCCCGUAAUUGCGUUUGUAAGUUCGUAAAGGCACAUUGUGAAGGCACUGUACGUAAUUGGGAGAUAUGUUUCAAUCUCAAACGAAAACAAGCCUUGGCCAACGAUCACGUUACAAUUAUCGUUACAAUUAUUUUCAGUGAGUAAAAAAAGAAUCUAUAUUCCGUUUACAGUAUGUGCGUUUUAUUUAUCGAUCGUCGAAUGAGUCGUUAACCCUUGUGUGAAUUAUUAUCAUUUAAAUAUAAGAUCUUUCUCUUUUUCAUCUGAUAAUUUUGAAAGAUCCAAAAGUGUAAUGUUUAAAAGUUUGAUAGAAUUUUAUUAGUGAAAAAUUAUGGAAGUUUUGGGUAUCGACGUAAGGGUUAAGGCGAGUUAUUUUUACAUAAUAUUCAUAGAGAGAGAGAGUAAAUAAUAAUAAGAGAGAAUGUAAACACAAAACCAUUAAAAUAAGCUUUAAAUAAA